GCGCGCGGCGGGGUGGAGGGCUGCGGGCGGCCGGGACAGGCUCCUGUUUGGGCAAGAUACUCCACGGGAGCAGUAACCUGGGAAGAAGAGGAGACAGGUCAUCAGGAUGGCUGCUACCUCCCAGUUUGCCAGUCGAUACAAAAAGGAUUUGAGUACAGAAGCCCUCAGAACCAAGGUUGCCCGCAGGAAAUCCAUCCUUCAGAAGGAGAACAGGCACAAACUCUUUGAAAAGGGCCGGCAGUUUGGCCUGGCAGAUGUCAAUGUUCAGCUCUCCAAGGAGAGGGGAAUUUCCGAGCUCAAGGAGACCAGAGAAUUGUGCUCUCAAGAGAACAGCAGUGUGAAACAGAAGCAAGCCACAAAUGCAGCCACCAAGAGGAUGAACGAGCGCAGGGAGAUGCUCCAGCGCUACAAAGAGGAGAAGGAGCUUCGCAGACUGCAGGAGCAGAGGGAGAAAGCCAAGAAAGGGGUGUUCAAGGUUGGGCUGUACAGACCAGCUGCACCUGGAUUUCUUACACUUGCCCCUGAGGAAGCAGCGGUAGCAAAGCCAAGAGAGAUGGUAACAAGGGAAGCUCCUGCUUUCUCUGGAAGGGUUACUCGAUCAAAAGCCAAGAUCCAAGAAGGAAAAACUCUGAUACCAACUCUGAUUCCAACUGCAUCUAAGUCCUCUACGGUCAGUGCCCGUGGGCAGAGCAUGCGCCCUACACAGGCAGGACGUAAACAGAUGAGUACAGUCAAAGUGGCUGAAAAAGAGAAAGUGUUGCAGACUGCGCCCCAACCAGCCCUAAAUGUGAGAGUCACCAGAGCAGCUGCCUCUGCAGCCAGGCAGGUCCUGAAACCAACAGCUGCUACUGCUGGUAACCAGUCACAGAGAACGACAGCAAGUGUAGGAAAGCAGAAGAAAGCUGUCAAACCUGAUACCACAAAGGUGUUUCCUUCUAAACAUCAAGUGGAGACAAAUGCUGGAGUGGAUCCCAGGGUGAAAAGUUCUGCAGCUGAUUCCAAGCAUUCAGUACCAGUAGAACUUCAGCAAGAACAAACCUCAGUGGAAAACAGCAAUUCUUCUCCAAGGAGACCCAGAACACGCUCCUUUGCACCUCAAAACUUUGUGUUUCAGCCUCUGAGUGGAUUAGCAACCUACAGUGUGACACCCAUGUCUCCUUCAAGGGCAAAUGCUUUUUUGACUCCCAGUGCUGUCUGGAAUUUUUCAGAAUCUUCAGUCAAAAUAUUUGAAAAAUCCAGUGAAACUAAAGCACAAAAGCCUACUUUAAAAAGUCAAAAUUCACCUGCUGUUAAAGGCAUUCAAGAAAAACAAAUGACCACAAGUUUGAAAGGAGAAACAGGCGAAUCAGAUGAGAGAACUUCCACUCAGAAAUCAAACAAAACAACUCCUCUCUCAACAGCACUUGCAGUGAAGUCAGAUGAUACAAGAGAGCAAGAGCAUGAUGUGCCCUAUUUCAGAACCACUCUUCGGGCUGAGACGGAGCGGCUGCUGUCUCAGUGCCUCCAGUGGGAAGGAAACCUUGAGCUGGACAUUCCAGAGGAUGCUAAAGACCUGAUUCGCACCACAGUUGGUCAGACAAGGCUGCUCAUGGAAGAAAGGUUCAAACAGUUUGAAGGACUGGUUGAUAAUUGUGAAUUUAAACGAGGUGAAAAAGAAACAACAUGUACAGACCUGGAUGGAUUUUGGGAUAUGAUUAAUUUUCAGAUUGAGGACGUGAAUAAAAAAUUUGAUAAUCUGAAGAAGCUUCAAGACAAUGAGUGGCAGCCACUUCAUGUCCCAAGCAAAGCAGUUGUCAAGAAAAAGGCUGUUCCAAGUAGAGUGCCCAAAGCCAAGCUGGAAGCAGCUGCCAGAACUGCUGCCCGGAACCGCCUGGCUUCUGUGAAAGCAGCCAUGAGGGAUAAAAUGAAGCAGGAGGGAGCUGCUGAGGGUGCGCAUCAGGAGAGGCUGCCAGAGGCAGAAAAAGUGGUUUUUGAAGCAGGGUUUUUCAGGAUUGAAAGUCCUGUGAAAAACUUCUCAGGUUUGCUUCCAAGGACCCCUGGAAAACUGGCAACUCCAAGACCAUCCAUUAGAGCUUUGCACCUGAACGUUCCUUCUCCUCUCCGUGACCCCGAGGAUGCAACUGCAAAACAAACCCCAUCAGGCCUCAAAGGCUUCCACCCAGCACAAAGUUUGAAAAUGGACCAACUUCCCACUGAAAAAACUCCCCCACUGGAUAAACUCCCUGAUGGUCCUGAACAGAGCAUUUCUGUGGUUGCAGAAGAAAUUUGUCUCGUUGCUGGAACAGCAGAGGGAAAUAAGGUGCUGGGAAAUUCUAGCAGUGAAUCAAAGGCAGUGGAUGGCAUGGAAGAGAUGGAACUGUCUGCUGCAGAACAAGGAGAAGACAUAGUCAUGUGCAGCCCAGAGAAGGAUCCCAGCACAGACACAAACCUUGCUCAGUCUGGAGAGCCACAAAUACAUGAAACAGAUGUUUCAAGCAGUGGUUUGACACCCAUUGACAGAAAUUCUCUUGAUGUGCCAAUGCAGGAUGCUGAGCUUCCCUUCACUCCAGUCAAGACCAGAGCCCAGAAGUUUGCAGCAGCUGAAGUAUUCAGUGACCUCAUCGUGUUUUCUCCUGUUGGUCCCUCUGGGGAUCAAUGAAAAGUGACUUAAAAUGCAAAAUAUGUAAAUACUGUGACCAAGAAGCCCACACAGGGUACCUGGAACACAGUCUGCUACACUGGAACUGUGUUGAGAGAGGAAGAGUACCUGUGGUAAUGGAUCUGAUAAUGGGUUUUGUAUCAUUUUACGGUGUGGUUGUGAUGCACCAAGCACUGCUGUACAGCAGUAGUGGGCUGUGUUCUGGUGAUCCCUGCUGUAUCCUCUGGCUGUAAAUUCUGACUGCAACCUGAAGCAUUUUUAUGUUGGUAUCAUUUCAUGUAUUUCCUGUCUCCUUCAGGUUGUAAAACUUUAAACUUUCUGCCCUGACCUGACUGACCUCAUGACUUAUUGUUAUUCCAAGGUGCCUACCCCACCAGCUGUGCCUGUGCCCCUUUUCUGCUGGGAGGGCACCUCCUGGGGUGAGACCCAGCCUGUUCCCUCCUGGAAUACUUUGUCACUGCUCUGGGGGUACCUCUGCACCCUCAGGCUCCAGUGUCUGGUGUGUUAACACCUGCCUCAGCACCAGCUAUGGCAGUGUUGGAUGCAUGCAAUUCUUUCCUGGGGUUAACAACCACUGGGUUUGUAAUAUUAGAAACUAACUCAGAACAAGGAUUUCUAAGUCAGAUAAUGUCAGAUAAGUCCGAUUUCUAAGUUUUCUUGGCAAUGUAUUAAAAUAGGCAUUGAUAUUAUUUCCUUUAAGGAUGCAGUUUUCUAUUGAGUAUCUUAAGGACCUUUCUCCUUGUUUUAGACAUCUUUAGGCUCAGUCUCUUCUCUCAUCUUGUUCCUUGUGCAUUCCCCAUCCAGGCUGUAACAUAUUUGUGCAUAAGGAACAUGCCAGUUCUAUAGACUCUGGAUUUGAGGAGUAUUACAGUACCUGCAGUUGUUGUAUUUUUAACAAAUACUCCACUGGGCUUCUUCUUGUACUGGUGACCUUAGUGUAACACACACAUCCUUCCACCAGCCUCGAUCCUAAACCAAGCAGAGAAUUCAGUCCCUCAGCAGAAAGUGUCGCUGCCACUGCCAGGAGGGCUCGUCUGGCAAGUUUUAACCUGGGAGCUGUGUACUGAUUACACUGAAUAAAGAGAGGAAGCUGA